GGCGGGAACUCCAGGGGACGUUCCGGGCCCCGCGUGACGCGGGUUUUGGCCCAGUCUCUCCAGCCGGCCCGGGGGCAGCCGGAUCGGACCUGGCCAGUCCCUGUUCGGCUGAUCUCAUCCCAGGCCACUCGGCCAGUGCCCAUCGCGUUUCAUCCUGCAGACGUCGGCCAGCUCAGGACCUUUGCUUCAUUUUGCCUUUCAUAGGCCAUUCGGGAGCUAUAUAUUGAAGACAAUGUCUGGAAGCUUCUACUUUGUAAUUGUGGGCCACCAUGAUAAUCCAGUUUUUGAAAUGGAAUUUUUGCCAGCUGGGAAAGCAGAAUCCAAAGAUGAUCAUCGUCAUCUGAACCAGUUCAUAGCUCAUGCCGCUCUUGACCUCGUAGAUGAGAACAUGUGGCUGUCCAACAACAUGUACUUGAAAACUGUGGACAAGUUCAAUGAGUGGUUUGUUUCAGCGUUUGUUACUGCAGGUCAUAUGAGAUUUAUUAUGCUUCAUGACAUAAGGCAAGAAGAUGGAAUAAAGAACUUCUUUACUGAUGUCUAUGAUUUAUACAUAAAGUUUGCAAUGAAUCCAUUUUAUGAACCCAAUUCUCCUAUUCGAUCAAGCGCAUUUGACAGAAAAGUUCAGUUUCUUGGGAAGAAACACCUUUUAAGUUGAAUGUGGAAAAAUUUGGAAAUAAACAAUGUCACUACAAUGGGGUAUUCUCAGGAAUGUGUAUGUUGUAAGUAACUUGACUAAAUAGCCUGGAAAAGUUUUACUUGUAGUCUAAAUUUAUCUAAACCUAAUGAAAUUCCUUAUUAUUUCAAAACAGUAUAUUGAGUUUCUUAUGAUUAUCAACAGAUCAAUAUUUGCUUGUGAACAGUGUUAUUUAUAAACUCUCUAACCUUGGAAAUAUCUUUCUUCUCAAAAUUUAAGAAAGAGCUUUUGACUUUACUCAUUCAGAUAGCUUGAUCUUGUCACAAUUCAGAACCAAAUGUCAUUGUCAAGAUUUUGGUAGACAGAUUGAAAACUGGAAGUUUCUGCAGUAUGGACUGAAGUUGAUAGCAUGUACAUGGGCUUCUGCACAUCUAGAGAUACUGUUAUAAAACCAUAUAGGCAGUAUACACAGCACUCCCCAAGAAGCCGGAGCAAACAGCGUUUGCAGUGCCAAAUGCCACAGGCCUGCCUCUGUCAAAGUGAUGCCGCUAUAAAUCCAGAAUCCUGGAUCCAUGUUUGUAAAAUGGGAGGCUGGGACCAAAGUGACAGGUUAUGUUCUUAUAUUGCCUUUCCCUCUGACAGUAAACUAAAGUAAGUGAACCUGCUGGUAGUUAUACCAGUAAAAAGUUGUAAUUCUGGAAUUGUAAACAAAGAAAAGUUUAUAUUACAUUAGCAUUUGCAUUCUUAGCUUUUUUAGGCUGUACACCAAGGGGGUGGGGAGUGGUCUGUAACAAGUGGGAUCUUACUGUAAACUAGUAAAUGUCUGUUUAAAAACAAGUACUAUAACCAGAUAUUUUCUGUGCUAAUUGUGAGCAUUUAAUUUUGUUCUGUCCUGAAUAACUUGAGCAAGUAGUUCUAAGUUUGGUCUCAUACCCUUGUGUGAAGUUGCUACCAUAAUUUUUUAACCCUAUCUAUUUAUUGGAUUUCUUAAAUAAAGAUGUUUGUCCA